UUGAUAAUAGCGAUUACCGAUUGUAAUGAUCAUAAAUUCGCUUCAGCUGUGCAAUUUCAGCGUUAUCGGUUCGCUGUGAUGUAACCAUUUCGCGUUCAAUAUUGCAACCCCACCACAUAAUGCUGAAAUUAACGAGCUCACUGAGGAACACAAUUUCAAAUCAAGUGCUAAAAUGCAGUGCAGUUCGUCUGUUACAUGUCGGCGACGCAGAUAUUCUACGAACAGCUGUAAACAAAAACUCUACCGAAUAUAAAGAAAAUUGUACUGAAAUGUCUAAAUUGGUAUCCCAAUUGCGUGACAUAACCAAGAAUGUAUUAACAGGUGGUGGCGAUAAGGCUGUUGAACGUCAUACAUCCCGUGGAAAACUUUUAGCAAGAGAUCGCAUCAAUUUAUUAUUAGACAAAGGAUCACCAUUUCUGGAACUUAGUACUUUAGCCGGAUAUAAUUUAUAUGGCGAUGAAGUCGUGAACUCAGGUGGUAUUGUAACAGGUAUUGGCAGAGUUUGUGGUAUGGAAUGCGUUGUAGUAGCAAAUGAUGCUACUGUAAAGGGUGGAACUUAUUACCCUAUAACGGUUAAGAAACAUUUACGUGCACAAGAAAUCGCACAAGAAAACCGUUUGCCUUGCAUUUAUUUAGUGGACUCUGGUGGUGCUAAUUUGCCUAGACAGGCGGAAGUAUUUCCCGAUAAACAACAUUUUGGACGUAUUUUCUAUAAUCAAGCUAAUAUGUCUGCAUUAGGCAUACCUCAAAUUGCUGUUGUUAUGGGUUCUUGCACAGCUGGCGGUGCAUAUGUACCUGCAAUGGCUGAUGAAAGUAUCAUUGUUAAAAAACAAGGUACUAUAUUUUUAGCAGGACCACCAUUAGUAAAAGCUGCAACAGGUGAGGAAGUUUCAGCUGAAGAUUUAGGUGGAGCUGAUUUACAUUGUAAGACGUCUGGGGUUACUGACCACUAUGCUAUCGAUGAUGAACAUGCUCUUUAUCUUGCACGUCAAGUUGUCAAAAAUUUAAAUUUACCUGGAACAAAUGCGUAUAAUGAGCAAUUGUUUUAUUCAAGCAAAGCAGCAGUUAAAGCAGCACAGAAAAUAUCGGGUCAAGCAAUUGAACAACCUGUUUAUGACCAGAAAGAGCUAUAUGGAAUUGUAGGACCAAAUCUUACAAAGAGUUUUGAUGUACGUGAAGUUAUUGCUCGUAUUGUUGAUGGCAGUCGGUUUUCUGAGUACAAAAAACUUUACGGCGAAACGUUAGUUUGUGGUUUUGCCAAGUUGUAUGGAAAUACAGUGGGAAUUGUUGGUAACAAUGGUGUAUUGUUUUCUGAAAGUGCUUUAAAGGGUGCACAUUUUAUACAACUUUGUGCACAAAGGAAAAUACCCCUGAUAUUUCUGCAAAAUAUUACCGGUUUUAUGGUUGGGCGUGACGCAGAAGCCAAUGGCAUAGCUAAAAAUGGUGCAAAAAUGGUUACAGCUGUAUCGUGUGCAAAUGUUCCUAAACUUACCGUUAUUAUUGGUGGAUCAUAUGGUGCGGGUAAUUAUGGAAUGUGCGGUCGUGCUUAUUCACCACGGUUUCUUUAUAUGUGGCCCAAUUCUCGUAUUUCUGUUAUGGGUGGUGUACAAGCAGCUAACGUUCUUGCACAAAUUACUGCUGAUCAACGGAAACGUUCUGGAAAAACUUUUUCCGAUGAGGAAGCUGCAAAACUAAAAGCACCAAUUAUAGAAACUUUUGAAAAGGAAGGCUCACCAUACUAUAGUACCGCUCGCUUAUGGGAUGAUGGUAUAAUUAAUCCGGCUGAUACCAGACAAAUUUUGGGUUUAAGUUUGAAAGCAGCAUUAAAUAAUUCCGGUCAUGAAACUAAAUUUGGAGUUUUCAGAAUGUAGAUCAUAUUUCGAGAAAGAGCUCCAAUGAGAAAAUGUGCCAAUGUUAGUUAAGCAUUUUUAAAAGAUUUUUGAAAAAUUUUGUGUUAUGAAAUGUGCAUUUAUUUUCAAUUGUAAAUAUUUUAG